AGUCCUUCCUCGUUCUGACAAUGAACGGAUUAUUUACAGAGAAUCAAUCCGAUUCGGAGACAGAAUUGAAGAUAAAUACAGAUUAUGCGCACAACUAUAACAGCUGGAGACAGAAAGAAGAAUUAAACAAAUUAAAAACAAAGUAUGGAGAACACAUUGCAGACCUCCAUAGUUCAGGUGAAGAUUCCAGCACCUCGGAGGAAGAGGAUGAAGAGGGAAAUGAACUAACUGAGAAAUUUGAGAAAGAUUUCUACAAAACUUUGGCUCUUCUGAAGAAUAAAGACCCCAGAAUUUAUGAUGAGAAGGUCACUUUCUUUGAUGAUGUCAGUGGAUCUACAGGGGCUUCCAAGGCAGAAGAUAAAGCAAAAACUAAAAAAAAGCCACUUUAUUUACGAGACUAUGAACGAAAAGUUAUGAUUGAGCGGGACGGGAAAUUCAGUGAUAGUGAGGAAGAGGAAGCUAUAAAGAGAAACGCUGACGAACCCCUUGCUCCAACAUAUGUAGAAGAGCAACGUAGACUCAAGGAGAGUUUUAAAAAAAUUAUAGACGAGGAUGAAGAUGACGAAAAAAGCGACUUACUAAAACCUAAGAAAAAAACUGCGGAGGAUCAACAAAAGGAAGAAGAAGCUUAUAAAAUAUGGCUAAAAGGGCAGCAAUCUACUGUUGAUGUUGAAGAAAAGGCAGAAUUGAAACCCUUGCGAGAUUUCUGGAAUGAUCCAAAAUUAGAUCAGAAUGAAAAAUUUCUUAGAGAUUAUGUUCUGAACAAGAAGUUUUUGGAUCAAGAAUCUACUAAUUUGGAUCCAGAGUACGAUCUAGUAGCCCAUGAUAGUGAUGAGAACUUGAGUGAAGAUGAAAAAAAUAUUGAAACGCAGGAAGAAUUUGAGCAUAAAUAUAACUUUCGAUUUGAAGAACCCGACCAAGAGUUUAUCAAAAGAUAUCCUCGAACGCUUGAAAAUUCCAUGAGACGAAAAGACACUCGCAGAGCAGAAAAAAGGGUAGAGAUCAAGAAAAGAAAAGAAGAAGAAGCCAUUCGUAAGCGAGAAGAACUGAAGCAAUUAAAAGCACUGAAAAGAAAGGAAAUUGAAGAAAAAAUAGAGAAACUGAAGGAAAUCACUGGUAACGAUGAUAUGAACUUCAAUGAAAUUGAUUUGGAUGGAGAUUUCGACCCUGCAGAACAUGACCGAAAAAUGCAAGUGAUGUUCAACGAUGAUUUUUAUGCUGGUCCGGAAGGUGAUCAAAAACCGGAAUUCCCAGAUAUUGAUGAGGAAUUGGACGUAGAAACAACGUGGGAUAAGUACGAUCCCAACAUAGAGCCAGCAGUAAAUGAAAACCAAUCGAACGAUGGACCGCAUUGCGACGACCCAGACUUUAAUAUGGAUGCAGAUUAUAACCCAACGAAGACCUUACAAGAGGAAUUGAUUGAUUCUUCGCGCAAAAAGAAGAGAAGACGACGCAAUAAAUUAGCCUUGGCAAUUGCUAAAGAGAAACCUAAAUUCGAUCCCUCUGCAAACCCAUCGUAUCAGGCUUAUUUGGAUCAAUAUUAUGCUCUAGAUUACGAAGACAUGAUAGGUGAUCAACCUUGUAGGUUCAAAUACAGAAAUGUUGUGGCAAACGACUAUGGGCUAACUAUAGAUGAGAUUAUCGCGGCUGACGAUAAAGAGUUGAACAAAUGGUGUUCGCUAAAAAAAGCUCUGCAACACAGGCCGGAACAUCUCGAAUUAAACGAUGUUAGAACUUAUCGGCAAAAGGCACAGAAUGAAGUAUUGAAGAAGAAAAUAUUCAAAAGUAUUUACGGGCCCAAAGAAGAAGAGCGCGUUCAACAGCUGAUCGCUGGCCCUGUUGAUCAACAAAAUGGAGAACCACAGAUGAAGAAACGGAUGCGGAAGAAAAAGAAGAAUCCAACUACCGAGCGUGAAACUGUUAAUGAGCAAAUAACCUCGAUACCAAAGCUAGAACCAGUUGCAUCUGAACUUAAAAGCAAUGGCGUAGUGCAGGAGAGAAAAGACAAGGGUAGAACGAAGAAGAUUACUGAAACUUCUGCAGUAGGAGAUGAAGAUAUUUCUUCAAAAAAAUUGGAAGAGGAAAAUGUAGAAACCAGUGAGCCGCGGAAGAAAAAAAUUAAGAAACUGCGAUCCGACGCCAAUCAGUCAGAGGUUCAAGUGAAAGGUACGCGAGUUGAGGCUAAAAUUAGCGAAGAAGAUGAUACUACCAAGAUAACAAAUACAGCCGAGACUGGGAAAAAAGGAGUCAACGCAAAGUGGAAACAGAAAGGAGCCAACGGAAUAUCAAAAGCUAAACAAAAAAGUAAGGUGAAAAUGACGCAUAACAAAAUAACCAAGGUCAAGAAUAACUCCAUCACCAACUUGAGCGCCGAAAGACUGAAGGCGUACGGGAUUAAUCCGAAGAAAUUCAAGAACAAAUUGAAAUAUGGAAAAAUGAAUUAAUCUACAAUAUCAACUGUUGUGUAUAUCAAUCAUUUGAUGUAAAUAAAAUCUUGUUAGUACGA